GGCGUUUUGACCGAUAUAUAACCAAGAAUCGUCAAGACUCGUGGGCUAAACGAGAGUCUGCAAAAUGGGGAGGAAUGACAAAGUAGCCUCGGCAACCGUAACGACUCCGCUUCCCAAUUCCCCACUCUGCGAUGACACCUGGCAAGCCUACAUCUUUGCAUUGGAUCUAGAUGAAGACGGCCAGAAUGCCAAGAAAUGGAAUAGCUUCUACGAUCUGGUUGCUAAUGGAACCCGGCAACGGUUUUCCGUACUGUCAAAGGCCGCGGCGCUUGCGUGGGCAGGGGAGAAUGCCAAAAAUUACGACACAUGCAAGGAAGUCAAAGCAAUUCUGGACAGUGGCGGGGCACAAGCUGAGAUUCCUGACGCGUUACUGGCUCGUCUAGUCAAGAUGAAGCUGCUCGCUCUGAAGUUGGAAGGGAUAGAGCAAAGGAAUGCUGCCAAAGUUGCGAAGGAGACAGCGGAGACUUCAGCCCCAGUACCGGAGCCAGCGGAUGCAGCCAAAGGCAAGCCGGCAAAGAAGGACGACAAAGAGAAAGAGAAGGAAAAAGAAAAGGAGAAGGCGAGCGAGAAAGACCGCGCCAAAUCGUCCAACAAGAAAGUCACCAAAGGCGCUUCCAACAAGCAGCAAGAGGCGCCAUCACGACCAGAAUCUGCUCGUGCCGCGCCAGAAACGUCUCUGAGGAAGAACAAACUUCGGGAUCGAGGUGUGGUGAAGACCGAUACCAAGCCGACUGCCAUCGGAGACGAGCCGGAGAAUGGUCCAGAUGCGUAUUAUCUACUCCGGGACUUCCCAACGCCUGGAUUUUACACAUGUUUGAUGGAUGAGAAUGGGGUGCAGUUGAAUCUCUUCCUCACUUUGGACGACUCCAAUGGGAGCGAGGGACAACGGCCGGGAGAUGGGGGAAGCCCGGAUUCCGGCGUCGGAUCGCGGCGUGGAUCGGCAUGGCCCGUAGCGAGGGCUGCCCCCGAAUCAUCCCUAUGGAAAAACGUACCAUUUCGCUCCAUAGCCACUUCAAAUCUCCCCGAGGACACCGAUGUUUUCGAUGUGGCGGCCAAAGAGAUCUACAAACUCCUCGAAGUGCGAAACAUCUACGAGUCUUUUUAUUCCAACGACCGCAUCAUAUCCAUACCCGAACUAGAGGAGACCAAGUUGUACAGCAGCUUACGCUACUUUGACUAUCUCAUGACCUCCGUUCCCAGCGAGCCAAUGAUCAACAGUGACGUGCUCCUUGCCCUGAUGUUGGAGCAAGUGGCAAGAAUGGCACCUAGCAAGGGCGAAGAAGGGGGCAGCCCGGGUGUGGUGUUACCAGCGAAGGCGGAAGAGAUUCAGGCUUUGAAGAGAUACUUCGAGACGGCUUCCUCUAAUCUGAUACCGACGCGGGAGGAAGGAGAAGGGAAGGACGUGAUGGUGGACGAUCAGAGCACUGCCCGACCAGUAUGUUCAUGGGCAGACUCGCAUGCCGCAAUCACCAGUCUAAUGCGGCCUGCGCCGAACGAGGAAUUUCACAUCAGCGCUGCCCUAGCCGACCUCCGUAAAAACUUCACGGCUGGGCGACUGAUGUCCGCAAUUCGUCGGUUAAACGAGACGGGGGUGAUGAAUCCUGGAGCUGCUGUCCGCGACCAGCUCGUUUGGGCAUCUAGAAUCCAGUCAGUAAAAGGGGCGACGAUCCAGGACACGGAAGAAGCAAAUCGCCUUCUGCGGCAGAAGGAAUUCGAAACUUUGCUUUCGGAAUCUAAGGCAUCCUCAAUCACUAGCCUACGAGAUUGGACCUGUAUUGAGAGCCUUGAUGAAGAUGCAUUUGCGCAGGUUUUAGAGACUACCAGAGUGACAUAUCCGGUGACGCGAAUCCGUUACAGUGACCGAGAAAACGGAGUUCUAAUAGCGUUAACGGGUCCAGGGGCCGCCGGUGCUUUGGAAGCUAAUCGCCAUAGCACGUUCCAGGCGAGAACAAAGGUUGGCUUUGGACUCUUUGCCCAAUUGCACCAAAGUCAACCCAAGCUACUGCAGCAUGAAACUGCUACCAGCUCCCCAUAUGUGUAUUCAGUGGGCGAUCGCGUGCUGGAGUUUGAAGAGAGCAAUCACUAUGUUUAUCCCACCGCGGAGGGGUAUAUCAAGCACGAGCGAUUGAGGGCGAGGGAAGGAACAACUGACACCUGCCUCAGCAUUCACUGGGAUAGCGGGAUGCUGUCCUGGCGACGAGGGAAAAGCAAUGGCAAAACCGAGCUCAUCGCAUCCUUCAAUGACGGAUCUGUCAUGUCGUUCAUUUCGGAAGGGCCUGGCUCAUCCGCAACGGUGCAUGUCUCUACGCCCGACGGACAAACUGUAGCGUGGGAUGCACAAGGGGGGAUUACACAGAAACUAAACGCUGCUCGAAAGCGGUCAUUUUCGAAAGGAUCGUUUGGGGAGUUUGGGCGACACAUCCGACCUGACGUGCGGAACGGUAAUCAAAUAUCUCCAAAAUGGGGAGACCCGAAUUUUAUUCCCGGACGGCAGCGUAUCCAUACAAGGCUUGGCGGGCGAUUGGACAAGUACCCGAAACGAUGGAUCCCGUGUGAUUACAAAACCCUCUGACGACAAUCAACCACAGCACACCCAUACGAGCAUCAAGGUGUGCGAAGAAAAGGAUAUGGUGACUGGACGCAGUAUCAUUACGAGGCAGG